AGAACCAGAAGAGAAUACUGUAUCAGACAGCGAACCCAAUGAACCUUCGCUUCAAGAACAGUUGCGUGCUGUGGACACUUUCCGCAGGCUGCUGAGAUGUGUGAGGGACCUCGAUCUACAGGGUCGAUGGCUUCAGGUAGAGCUUGAGGUGACCAUCCCUGGGGAGGGGAAGGAUCGGAGCUUCAAGGUUGCAAUAAAGUGGGUUUCCUGCGUGAGCCUGCAAGCCCUCCAUGAUGCGCUCGCUGGACGACUGCCCAACAUUCCCUUCGAAACCGUACAGGCCCUGGAUGUUGUGAUGAGGCACUUGCCAUCUAUGAGGUACACCCCUGUAGGGCGCUCAUUCUUCACCCCCUCAGAGGGCUGUUCCAAUCCCCUGGGUGGCGGGAGGGAGGUCUGGUUUGGUUUCCACCAAUCUGUCAGGCCUUCCUUGUGGAAAAUGAUGCUGAAUAUUGAUGUGUCGGCCACAGCAUUUUAUAAAGCCCAGCCUGUGAUCGAGUUCAUGUGUGAGGUUCUGGAUUUCAAAAGCAUUGAGGAACAGCAGAAGCCCCUCACUGACUCCCAGAGAGUUAAGUUUACCAAGGAAAUUAAAGGACUGAAGGUUGAGAUAACGCACUGUGGGCAAAUGAAGAGAAAAUACAGAGUAUGCAAUGUAACGAGGAGGCCCGCGAGCCACCAAACAUUCCCUCUUCAGCAGGAGAAUGGACAGACGAUCGAAUGCACUGUAGCACAGUACUUCAAGGACAAGUACAAGCUUGUCCUCCGCUAUCCUCAUCUUCCAUGUUUACAGGUCGGACAAGAGCAGAAGCACACCUACCUGCCACUUGAGGUUUGCAACAUAGUGGCAGGACAGAGGUGUAUAAAGAAGCUAACGGACAAUCAGACUUCCACUAUGAUCCGCGCCACGGCCCGCUCAGCACCAGACAGGCAGGAUGAGAUCAGCAAGCUGAUGAGAAGUGCCAACUUUAACAAUGAUCCUUAUGUACGGGAAUUUGGAGUAAGGGUCAGAGACGACAUGACCGAAGUAAAUGGACGGGUCCUUCAAGCACCUUCCAUCCUCUAUGGGGGCCGGAAUAAGGCGAUCGCCACUCCAAUCCAGGGAGUCUGGGAUAUGAGGAACAAACAGUUUCACACUGGAAUUGAAAUCAAGGUUUGGGCCAUAGCCUGCUUUGCUCCCCAGCGACAGUGCACUGAACUCCUACUAAAGGCGUUUACGGACCAGUUGCGCAAGAUCUCGCGGGACGCAGGAAUGCCAAUCCAGGGCCAGCCAUGUUUCUGUAAAUACGCGCAAGGAGCGGACAGUGUGGAGCCCAUGUUCAAGCACCUGAAAUACACCUACCAGGGCUUGCAGCUGGUGGUGGUGAUCCUGCCUGGGAAAACACCUGUCUACGCUGAGGUGAAGCGUGUUGGGGACACAGUCUUGGGAAUGGCAACGCAGUGUGUUCAGGUGAAGAACGUGCAGAAAACUACUCCGCAGACCCUCUCAAAUCUCUGCCUCAAGAUAAAUGUCAAGCUUGGAGGAGUCAACAACAUAUUGUUACCCCAGGGCAGGCCUUUAGUGUUUCAGCAGCCGGUUAUAUUCCUUGGAGCAGACGUGACUCACCCCCCAGCCGGAGAUGGGAAGAAGCCCUCUAUUGCCGCAGUUGUUGGCAGCAUGGAUGCUCACCCCAGCCGUUACUGUGCCACGGUGAGGGUUCAGCAGCAUCGUCAGGAGAUUAUCCAGGAUUUGGCUGCUAUGGUGAGAGAGCUCUUAAUCCAGUUCUACAAAUCGACCCGCUUCAAGCCUACUCGCAUCAUCUUCUACCGCGAUGGCAUCUCCGAGGGACAGUUCAAUCAGGUGCUUCACCAUGAGCUGCUAGCAAUUCGUGAGGCGUGUAUUAAACUAGAGAAGGAUUACCAGCCUGGGAUCACCUUUGUCGUGGUCCAGAAACGGCACCACACACGGCUGUUCUGUACAGACAGGAAUGAGAGGGUGGGCAAGAGUGGAAACAUCCCUGCAGGAACCACAGUAGACACCAAAAUCACCCACCCUUCCGAAUUUGACUUCUACCUGUGCAGUCAUGCUGGCAUUCAGGGAACGAGCCGACCGUCUCACUACCAUGUUUUGUGGGAUGACAACCAUUUUACUUCAGAUGAGCUGCAGGUCCUCACCUACCAGCUGUGCCACACCUACGUGCGCUGCACACGCUCCGUCUCCAUCCCGGCCCCUGCUUACUAUGCCCACCUGGUCGCGUUCCGAGCGCGCUAUCACCUAGUGGACAAGGAGCAUGACAGUGCUGAAGGAAGUCAUACCUCAGGACAGAGCAACGGGCGGGACCAGCAGGCCCUGGCCAAGGCAGUGCAGAUUCACCAGGACACUCUGUGCACCAUGUACUUUGCUUGACCAGGGGGAGCGGGAGGGACAGGCUGGGUCCAGGUGGAACAAUGGCAUUUCUGAACAGAGCUGGGCUCAGAUCAGACCAUCUGCACUUGGGGAACCCCCCUCCCCCCAUUUUUAGAACAAUGGCAAUCGCAUUAGCACUGUAUAGGAGAGACAUUUCUCUUGAGACCAGGUAGACAGCGCUUACAUAAAUGUAUAUAUUUAGUUGUUUUUAACAAACCAGUAUAGACUAGUGGGAACAUUCACACUUCACGCUGUCCCAACCUCCUUAUUUCUUAAGAUCUCCCUGCUGUGGCGCUUUUAUUUUUAUUGUUUUAAUUAAUAUCUCUCUAGAGGACAGAAUGCUUUUGACUGAAACUAAGAGAAAUAAAAACAAACAAAAAGCUAUUUUCAUAAAGACCCAAUAGAAGCCCCUCCAUCCUCACCUAUUUAAAUUUUGAGAAAUGCAGUGCUACAUUUGUUUCGUGUAGCAUGCUCAUGCAGCCUGGUAUUGAGCUUCUUCAUAAACUAAAUGUUUCUUUUUUGUAUGUUUUGUUUGUUCAUGCUGCUUUGGAUGUGUUGGUACCUUUUUUUUUUUUUUUUAGGCUGUGUGUGUGCAAAGGCUUUCACAAUGGUACUGUGCAGCCUGUGCCACCUGACAGACGCAAUGUAAAACUGCUGAAACUGUUUGUUUUCGUAGAAAUAGAGUUGGAUCCAGUGGGCAUUAUCUGAAGAGCCCCUUCUCGCAUUGUGGGUAGCUAGUGUGCUCACAGCAGCAAUGAGAAUAUCUCCCCUAUAUAGUUGUUAUAUUUAUAAGUGACUGCCCUGAAGACACAAGGAAAGCAGACAAUAGACAGGUUUAGUUGUCUUUUUGUUUAAAGCAUUUUGAAUCUGAAGGGGGGAGUUCUGGCAGGAAAGCAUUCCUAGCACCUUGCUUAGGCCAGUCUCCAAGCACUGUUCAUUGCAUUCAUGUUUUGUUGGUGGUCUCAGUUAAAGAUGCUGUUUCGAAGGUACGCCCCUCCCCAUUAAGCUCAGUGUCUUCUGUGCGCUUCGUUUUUCCUCUUGUACUGGCACAGGUGUAAGUAUUAGCAAAGUGACCUAGGUAUUGGAGAUUUAAACAUUUGUUUUGUAUGUAAACUUAUUUAUUAGACUAGUGAAUUCUUUUAUCCUAUUUUUUGUAUUGUACGUUAAUUUGAACAUUUAAGGUCAUAUUAAAUCUAUACUAGUAGAAAAA